AUGGUCGCUACACGUCGCGGUGCGAAAGAGGCCCCAGUGGCCUCGUCUGCAUCCUCCAGCACCCUCAGUGCCCCUCCCAAGCGCGGCGGCAGAACUAAGACUGUUGUUGAACAAGUUGCUGAGCCUGCACCAGCUCCCGCGAAGGCCACCAAAACAACCGCUGCAAAACGCAAAGCAAAGGCCGAGCCUGAAGACGCUGAGCCCCCAGUGGCCAAGAAGACUGUCGCGACAAAAACAACACGCACAACAAAAGUUCAGACAAAAGCAGAGCCAGCACCCGCUGCACCAAAGCGAGCGACGCGCGGCCGCAAGGCUGAGGAGCCCGACGACAUUGACGAGCUUCAAGCUGAUGAAGAGGCACCCAAGCCAGCGGUUGUUCGAGCGCGCAAGAUCGCUCCAGUGAAGAAGACGGCUGCGUCAAAGGCCGCAGAGCCAGUGGCCACCCAAGACCCAGUCGUUCAGGAGCCCAUUGUCGAGGAAGCUCCAAAGGCCGCGUCACGGGCGCGCAAGGCCCCCGCCAAAAAGGCACCUGUCACCAAGAAGACCGAGACUCCAAUCGUCGAGGAGCCUACCGCGGUCGAAACCACCAAGCCAGCAACUCGCACGCGUAAACCGGCAGUACCCAAAGCCUCGGCCUCUGCGCCAGCAUCAAAAGCUGCACCUGUACCUGUACUUGCACCAAGAACUACACGCGGACGAGAUGCCCCCACAAUAUCACAAGAAUCACCUCUCAAGGCGCCAGCCCGUAAACCCACAAAGAAGACUGUCACGAUCUCAACUCCAAAGGCUGAGACUGAGGCUUCUGAAGAUGACGCGCUUGCGGAGCUCGCCGGAUACCCCAAGACACCAGCACACAUCAAGGCUCCCAUCAGCUCAAGAGAUGCUCUGGCCGAAAUGCCCGACUACCCUGAGACGCCUGCUCACAUCAAGGCCCCAAUCAGCUCUGAAGCUGCACUGGCUGAGAUGCCUGAUUAUCCCAAGACACCCGCGCACAUCAGUGCACCUAUGAGCACUAAGGAUGCUUUGUCGGAGAUGCCAGGAUACCCCAAGACCCCAGCUCACAUCAAAGCUCCCAUUUCUAUCAAGGACGCAAUGGCUGAGAUGCCCGACUACCCCAAGACACCUGCUCACAUUCUUGCACCUGUUAUCCCUCCCACCGAAGAGAGAGAGGCUGAGACUGAGGCUGAGAUUGUCUGGGGCGUCACUGAUCAAGAAGCUUUCGAGGAGCUCCCCGCCGAAUACCCGGCUACCCCAUCUCACAUCACUGCUCCAGUCACAUCGCAACAAGCAAUGGCAGAACUCCCCGGUUAUCCAAAGACUCCUGCUCACAUUGUGGCACCAAUUACUCCACGCAGAGCUCUCGCUGAGUUGCCAGACUACCCAACUACGCCUAGUCUUGCUCUUGAGGCUGCUCUUCAGGAAGAGAUUACUGCAUCUGUCAAGAAGCAAACGCCUUCACCUAUACGCUACUCCAGCCGUAAGGAGAAGAUCUCUUUCGGUUUCGACGAGACCAGCGAGAUUGGCGAUGUCAGUGAGCUUACUGAAGCUAGUGAAUUCAGCGAAGUUGAUGUUGUGAGUGCCAUCAAGGCCCCUUCUUUCGGUGACUUAAAAGCAAGCAUGCCACUCAAGCCCCUGCAACUCGCUCCCACGUUCGCAGCGCCAGAGCCAGCAUCACCGAAGAAGUCCGCGCUGAGGUCGCCAAUGAAGGUUAUGGACACCAAGACUCCGAAGAAGUCUGUUGCUUGGACUGAUGUUCAAGCUGACGAGAGCGAGAUAUUCAUGGACGACGGCAUCCUUCAGGGCACCGUCUUCUACGUCGAUGUCACUCGUAACGGAAAAGAACAAAACUUCUUGUUCCGUGGUCUUCUAGAGGACCUUGGUGCUAAGGUCGUCAAGGACAUGUCACACGCUUCUCUGACUCACGUUCUUUUCAAGGAUGGAAGCAUGUCGACGCUAGAGAAGUGUCUCUCGAGCAAAGGUGCCAUCAAGUGCGUCAAUGUCGGUUGGGUCUUGGACAGCGAGUCAAACAAGAAGCGUAUGGAUGAAGAUCCCUAUUUGGUUGAUCUCUCCGUUGCUAAGCCAGCGUCUCCACUCCCAACCACUACCAUGAAGCCCUUCACACCCGCCAAGACACCUUCUAAGUACGCUCUUCCUCCUUCGUCGCAGUGCAAGAUGCCUAGCACCCCUACCAGCUCCGAGUUUGACCGCUCCUUCAACGACGACAAGGAGAACAGCGAGGUUGGCGCCUUCUUCGACAGGAGCCCCCUUGCUCCUCGCACCGUCCCCAACAAGAAGUCUACUUUCUUGUUCAGCAAGGCUGCCAUCAAGACUCCCUCUAGGCCACUCUUCCUCGCCGCUACUCCGUCGAAAUCGGGUUUCUCGGCUGUGAAGCCUGCUCCUCACGCUUUCUCAACAAUCAAGAAGCGUCCAGUAGAUUCUUCUCUCUUCAACAGCUCACUAGGCCCGCCUAGGAAGUUGCGUCUCUUUUAA